GUAGCUUUUUCAACUUUUUUAUUUCCUUCUUUUCUUGAGUACCUCUUUUUAAGCAUUUGGUACUGUAAUUUAGCGGUCUGCACAAAAAAAUGGAGCACAACACACAAAUCCAAAUUCCAAGAGUCAAAUUGGGUACCCAGGGUCUUGAGGUCUCGAAACUCGGGUUUGGUUGUGGAGGACUUUCUGGCUAUUUUAAUGCUCCUCUUUCACAUGAAGCUGGCUGUGCAGUCUUAAAGGAAGCAUUCAGCAAAGGCAUCACUUUCUUUGACACAGCAAACGUAUACGGGCAUGAGGGUUACAAUGAGAUAAUGGUGGGAAAGGUAUUGAAGCAGCUCCCUCGUGAGCAAGUCCAACUGGCAACCAAAUUUGGGUGUAUAUUUCCCGAGGACUUCAGUGACUUCCAGUGUCAAGUCAAAUGCACUCCACAAUAUGUGCGGCAAUGCUGUGAAGAAAGUCUCAAGCGGCUUGACGUGGACUACAUUGAUUUAUAUUAUCAGCACCGGACAGACACAUCUGUGCCUAUAGAGGAAACUAUGGGGGAACUCAAGAAGCUAGUGGAGGAGGGAAAGAUUAGGUACAUCGGCUUGUCUGAAGCCAGUGUUGACACAAUUAAGAGGGCGCAUGCUGUUCAUCCCAUCACUUGUGUGCAAAUGGAGUAUUCUCUUUGGACUCGUGAGAUAGAAGAGGAUGUAAUUCCGCUUUGUAGAGAAUUGGGCAUCGGUAUUGUUGCGUACAGCCCCCUUGGCCAGGGGUUCUUUGGUGGAAAGGCAAUCACAGAAAGCUUGCCUGCGGAAAGUCUGGUGGGUUCUCAUCCAAGAUUUUCCGGAGAGAACUUGGAGAAGAACAAAGCUCUUUACAUAAGAUUUGCUAACUUAGCAGCAAAGCAUGGUUGUACACCUCCUCAACUAGCUUUAGCAUGGCUUAUGCAUCAGGGAGAUGACGUGAUUCCGAUACCUGGAACAACAAAGAUUAAGAACCUAAAUGCCAAUAUUCAAUCCCUAGCAGUGAAACUUACACCAGAAGAUGUGAAGGAAAUCGCGGAUGCUAUCCCCAUUAGUGAAGUCUGUGGAGAUAGAGAGCACGAAACGCUGUUUAAGUACGAGUAUCGGGUAGCUAAUACACCAUUAAAACAGUAACAUCACGUUGGUGAGAAAUCAUAAAUGGAACUAAUCACCAUAUCUUAGUUUCAUUACUAACUAAAUCGCCUGUUCUGGUUUUUUGAAUAAGUGGAGCUCAUCAAUAGCGCAUGUAUUGUUAUCCCUUGUUGAUGUAUAUAUUGUCUUCUUUUGUUUUACCUUCCGGUGUUCGGUAGCCUGAACCCGAGAUCUCUGGUUAGUUAUCCACUGUACCAUCCUUGGUGUAUAUACUAUCAUUUGUCAAUCUAAUUAUUGUCUUAGCUAAA